AUGAUUAUCUGCAAUUCCUGCUCGAUUCGGGGUGAGGUGAACAUUGAAGGUCACGAUGGUCAUAUUUAUCGUGGUCGACUAAUCGCCCCGGACAGUUUGACUUGCAACGGUGAACCGCGUGCUUCGUCCCAGUCACCAGUUCGCAGUGCAAAUGGGGAAUUUACGGAUUCGAUCAAACUACCGCAUUUGCCGGCCUCACGUCCUGUACUAUCCGGGUGGCAACAGAAUCCGUCUGGUGGACCGAUCCCCUCAAUCACAUCACCCAAAAAUCUCCGUCGCCUGACACCCAGACAAGCGAUUUCACCGGACCGGAUUGGAUCUAAACGCGUGCAGCUAGUUCAGCCGAACACACACGCCCAAGAUGGUCUUACCGCAACACCGGCCGGUUAUGCGGUAAUUGUGAUGCCUAAAACCGCGGAAUGCAAUGGUGAUCUUGAGCAAACAAAUCCGCAAUCUUCCCCAGUGGAUAAAGACUCACGCCCAAUAUCGGCCAGCUGGCCUGACACUCAGGAUAAAUUACGCAUGUUUAACGAGCAAGAGAAUGUGGAUGACCAUCAAGAAGAAGCUCCUACCAAACAGGAACAUAAUGAGCCAGAUUUGACCGAGGGACGUCCAAUUUCUGGUGAUAGCCGCUUUGUGGAUGACGGUCACGAUACUUCCGAACAAAGUAAAGAAUCUAUCGAUUGUGGAGAAACGAAGCAAACUGGGAGUGAACAGACAACUGUUGCAGUGAACGACGAGAAUCAUGGAACAGAAGGGGAUUAA